AUGGAGGGAAAAGCCAAAUCCCCAGGACGUACGUUAUUAACCGCCCUACCCUUCUCGGACGAGGUCAUGGCCUUUAAGAUACCGGGUGAUUUCAAGUUCCCGGAGCAGGCCACGUUCGAUGGGACCGGCGAUCAUCGAGAGCAUUUGCUAAGCUACCAAGCCAAGAUGCAGGUCUUGGGAGUUCGGGACCCGGUCAUGUGUCGCGCUUUUCUGCCCAUGUUAAAAGGACCGGCACAGAGGUGGCUAGUGGCACAACCACCAGGGUCGAUUCGUAGCUUCGAAGAGCUAGCGGACCGCUUCAUGAGCCAUUAUGCCGCUAAUAUCAAACCACAAAAAGACCUGACACACCUGGGCGACAUUCAUCAGGAUGAAGGCGAGUCCUUGAAAACUUAUCUGGCUCGCUGGCAGAAGGAAAUCCAGUCUAUAGAGGAGGUCGAGGACCAGACGGCACUCACCUUCUUCAUCGAGUCCUUGCGGUCCGGUCAGCUAUACCGAGAUCUGCGGGACAACCGCUCGGCUACCUACGCGGAAGCCAUUCACAUGGCAAACAAGAGGGCCAACACAGAGCAGGCUAUGAAACACAAACGACAACGUGAAGUCGGCGGAUCCGCCGGCGGAAAGAGAACGCGAGCCGAAACCAAGGAAAGGCGCCCGGACGUAACCCGACGACCCGAAGUCAGGCGACCUUAUGACAGGCCCGCCGUACACCCCUACCGGCCGGCUCCCGAGUGGCCGAUGCAUGAAAUACAAGCGGUCGCCCCGCCGCCGCCUCCACCAAUUGACGACCGUGCCACGAGCGAGGAGACGGCACAGAAGAAUGCUUUUACCUGA